AUGGCCAUCAACACAAUUACUAUUACCAAAUCCAUGGCUGGAGCCUUCUUCACAAUCAUCGCGAUGGCUACACUGGCAUCAGCAGCCACCGGUUUGGUUCAGCCUCCAAUAUCAGACGAGUACUUGGUUAACCAAUGUAUGGCUAAAGUAUCUUCAAGGUGUGCGAUGUACGUCACGGCCGAAAUGUAUAACCAUGGUCCGUCGUUGAAACAAAACGGAUGUUGUCUAGAGGUUUAUCACAUGGGGCGUAUUUGUCUUCACAUCGUGACAAAGCAUGUAAUGGAAACACUUGUGCCCGAUCUUGAAGGUGUUAAGAAACAAGACUCUCUCGAGAAAAGUACACAACUAUGGUAUUUUUGUGUUCCGGUUUAA